AUUUUCCUUUUGCCAAACGAAUCGUUUCGACAACACUGUAUGGAACUUACAUAAGAGGAAAUUCUCAACACCAUUCGCUGUCAAUUGCUUCGUGUCGUGAAAAAAUUUGUUUUCUGCGCGGACCCGAACUUCAACUUAACAAGAUGAUGAUGCAGCGAGCUAACGUUUUGGUCCCCAUUGCCAUUGAGGCGACCAUACAGUCGCAGCCCCAACGAGGCAUGGCUACUCUGAAAGCCAUCUCAAUCCGUUUGAAGUCCGUGAAGAACAUUCAGAAAAUUACGCAAUCCAUGAAGAUGGUGUCAGCAGCUAAAUACUCUCGCGCUGAGCGUGAUUUAAAAGCUGCACGUCCUUAUGGUAUUGGUGCCCAGCAAUUUUUCGAAAAAACUGAAAUUCAGUCUGACGAGAAGGCCGAGCCGAAGAAGUUGUUGAUCGCCAUGACCUCUGAUCGUGGCCUGUGCGGAGCGGUUCACACCGGCGUCGCUCGUCACAUCCGUAACGAAUUAGCCAAAGGUGAUGCCAACACAAAGCUCUUUUGCGUAGGUGAUAAGUCGCGUUCAAUUUUGUCGCGUACCUAUGGGAAGAACAUUUUGAUGGUAGCUAACGAGGUAGGCCGUCUGCCACCCACCUUCCUAGAUGCUUCGAAAAUUGCUCAUGAGGUGUCUAAGACCGGCUAUGACUUCACCGAAGGACAAAUCGUCUACAAUAAAUUCAAAUCUGUGGUAUCAUACCAAUUGUCUACUCUGCCAGUGUUUAAUACACCCACCGUAGAGAAAUCUGACAAGUUAGCGGUGUACGAUUCACUCGACAGUGAUAUUAUACAAAGCUAUUUAGAAUAUUCGCUAGCUUCCCUGAUUUUCUAUACCAUGAAGGAGGGUGCUUGUUCUGAACAAUCUUCCCGUAUGACUGCCAUGGACAACGCGUCCAAGAACGCAGGUGAAAUGAUUGAGAAACUCACGCUCACAUUCAACCGUACCAGACAGGCUGUCAUCACCCGCGAGUUGAUUGAAAUUAUUUCUGGUGCUGCCGCUUUGAAUUAAAAGCAUUGACGAACGAUUU